AUGGGUCGCUCCAUUUUAUCUCUUCAUCACCUUCUUUUUUUAUCUCUUGUUAUUUUCACUUUGUUGCUCAAUUAUGUUCAUGCCACCAAAAAGUAUUACAUUGUAUACUUGGGAGCACUUACACAUGGUCCAACUCCUUCCGCUGCUGACCUUGAAAUUGCUACAACUUCUCAUUAUGAUUUACUAGCUUCAAUCUUGGGAAAUGAGGAGAAUGCAAAAGAAGCAAUUAUUUAUUCAUAUAAUAAGCAGAUAAAUGGGUUUGCAGCUAUACUUGAAGAGGAAGAAGCUGCACAAAUUGCAAAAAAUGGAAAAGUGGUAUCAGUGUUCUUGACUUGGCAAAAGGGAAGAUUUGGUGAAAAUGCUAUCAUAGCUAACAUUGAUACAGGUGUUUGGCCUGAAUCAAUGAGUUUUAGUGACAGAGGAAUAGGCCCAAUUCCAACAAAAUGGCGUGGUGGUAACAUAUGUCAAAUUAACAAACACAAUGGUUCUACCAAAGUUCCAUGUAACAGGAAGCUAAUUGGCGCAAGAUUUUUCAACAACGCAUACGGAUUAGUCAAGGGAAAACUCCCUCGUUCGCAACAAACAGCGCGCGACUUUGGAGCAAGUCUUUUUGUAAACUUGCCACCUAACAAGUCUUUCACUGUGGUGACUUCUACUAAUGCGAAAUUGGCAAAUGCGACGAAGAGAGAUGCGCAGUUUUGUAGAGUAGGAACACUUGAUCUUUCAAAAGUGAAGGGUAAAAUAUGUUAG